AUGACUCAGCUUCCCAUCCCCCCUCCUUUCGCUGCAAUGACUCCGGAGCAGAUGCAGGCGAUGUUCGCCUUCUUCAUGCAAAAUCAGGCCACUGCUCUCGCUGCUGCUAGUCCAUCCCCUCAAGGAAAUGUCGGGCCGCCCUCUGCGCCGCAGGAGGCGCCUGCGCACGACGAUGAGGUUGAAGGGGGGCCGGUCGAUAGUCAUACCGCCACGGCUCAGGCGCCCCCGACUCCUACCAAGACGCCCCCUCGGCGCAAGACCGUCGCCGCAACGCCCGCGACCCCUCGUGUGCCCGUCAACACGACUUCAGUGAUCGGCAAUCUACCCAAGUCAGCGGCCUCGACGCCGUCAUCCAAAAUGGCGCAACUCACGCUCGAUGGCCGCAAGUUGUCGGCAACGCCGCCCACGGACGGUAGACGUCGCGUCGCAAUGUCUGCCUCCACCCGCAAGGGACCGAUUCCUACGGGUCAUGAUCCCCAGUCUGAUCCCUUCGAAGGGUUUCCUGAGAUCGUCACCGUGCCUACCACCGAGCGCGCCGAUGACGGGGAUGAUGCCGCGGUCAAUGACACUCCAAAGCCGACGGGAACAAGGCGCAAGCGGAAUGAGUGUUCCUACGACUCCGAGGUGGAUGAGCACCCGUCGUACGAGGACCAGUCUAGCCCGCCAGCUGUUCAAACCAGCCCCAAGAAGAAGGCGAGGGUCGCAUCGCCGACGGGCAGCCCGGUACCCAGUCCCACCGUGUCCAAGAUAGCGGUUGGCGAGGGCAUGGCCUCCCCUUUCGAGUCCCCGAGCCAGGACACGUUGGCGUCGGACGUCGAAGCCUUGAAGCGUUUGCUAGCUUCAGCACGACAAGGCGUCAAGAUCCCAGCUCUUGCCCCGCUGCUGGAGGAGGCGAAGGCUGCGGAGCUACUCGAUCUGGAAGCCCUUUGCGCGAGUGGCGACGAGGAUGACGAAGACGAGCACGGCGAUCUCAAGGGCUUCGUCGUUGGGGACGACGUUGUUGAGUACGAUGAAUCGGCGCCUUCGUUGCCGGACGACGACGCACCCCAGCCUCCUCCCCGUAAAAGGUUGUAUCGACGUCAGGGAGCGGAUGACCCCGCUGAAGACCAAUCUUCGGAGGUGGAGAUCGUUCCGACACCUAACAAAGGCAAGAGCCGUGCAGCCCCGCCCCCUCCGCCUCCGCCUCCUCCGCCGUCGAGGCCUAUUCCUGGGCCGUCUGGCGAACGUAGGUCCCGCAACGCGGUCGAAUACGCAUGGCAGACCGCGAAGAUUAAGCUCAGCGCGGCGCCGCGAGGUCUUCACCCUGGAUCGACCGCUCUUGAUCACGGUCUGAGCGUUUGCGAGCCCUUGGACAUCAGUCCGCCUGCCGAGCUGUUCAGCUGGAUUCCCUUCCUGGGCGACAAGAUGAAGGAAAUCGGCUAUGGCGAGAACGUGAAGCCGGUUCCUGGUGACGGCGCUCUGUUGCUCUCCGACUACACCGACGAUGGAUGGUGCACGCCCCCUCUCGACAUUGUUAUCGCAGCGGAGACCCACGUCCAUGUUCCAAACCUCCUUCGAGCGCUUAUGUUCCGUCGCCACGGGCCGUACAUCAACGAGUCUCAGGUUGACCCUGACGACAUCGACGCCGUCGAAGUCUCGAGCGUCGGUGCUGCGGUGAAGCGAUACAAGUUCAUGGUCAAGGAGACUCGGGCUCCCGCCGUGUCGCUCACCGUUGGCAUCGUCAGGUACUCGCGACUCGAUAAUCCUACGUCAGGUCCCCAUCCUGUGUGCUACAUCAACGUGACGUCGCUCGAGGGCGACUUCGAUCGUAAGGUCGGGCUGCAGUGCAUGAAGUUCGGCCAGCGUGAGCUGUCGUGCGUGUCCUUCAACAACGCGGUCAGGAUGACGACUCUGCCCGUCUUUGAUCGUCCCUCUGUUGCCGGGCCCACUGGAAAGUCGAAGCCCAGUACCUCCAUCCGUCGCGGCAAGAGCAGCGGUCAGACCACCCGCCGGGGUGCGAACUUCGAGUUAUCUACAAACGACGUUGUGCCCGUUCUCGACGCCCGUAAGAUGAGUCUGCCCGAGGAUAUGUCAAUCUGGCACACGGCGCUACCACCCUUCGAGGGUCCUAUUCCCAAGGACGCUGCGGCGAUUGUGGCCCACACCACAAACAUGUGGGUUGGUAAUCGCUCCAAGACUGCCCCGUCUGGCACGACGUACAACGUGCAGUACAACUUGCUUUACAUCAUCAUCGUCGGCGAGCUCCCUGCUGGCCUUGUCUAG